AUGAUGGCGCUGGCACUUACAGGCGCUCUUUGGGCAGCUGCCGUUUUUGUUCCGGUACACUGUGUGCAUCUCGUUCGUGUCGAAAAAGGACAUGUGGCAGACUACUCUACGGAAUCUAGUGAAGCUGUCGAAGUGAAGAUAAACAAAGAUGCAAACAACUUCCCAGUGGACGGCGUUACAUCAGAUAACAACGACCUUGAGGACAGGGAAGCGUACGUGCUCAGAAGACUCUUGGAAAAAUUCGUGUAUGCCCUAAACCUCAAGACGAUCAUCACAACAUUGCGACAAACUGUAAGCGGUGAAAUCACGCCAGGACGCGUCAUUGCGAAAAUCAAAGAACUGGUUGGUGAGACGUCGACGGUUGCUGUAGGCCUCAUCCAGGUAAUCAAAAACAUGGGCACGCUGGCCUUCAAGGUGUUUGUCAACCGAAUCAGCGGUGGUGAAUCGUCGUUCUAUUCCGCAGAAGACUUUGUUCGUGACCUGCCCCUUUUCAAAUUUUCGGGAAAAUCAGCGUAACGGCGUAGUGUGAGAAUGGGAUUAUUAAAAUAAAUGUAUACACGAA